UGUCUAGUAGGUUUUCCGGUUUUACCGGGAAGCCCUCGCCUUACGUCUACGAAAAAAGUGUUUUAUUUGAGAACGGGGAAAACAAAUUGUGCGUUUGGUAUUAGUUGGCCGGGCUCGUGGGUAGGAGCUUCGUUUUUUUCUGCUUCCGCCCUGCAAGCCCGGUAACUGGUAACAAACUUCAUGCGUUUAAGCCGUGGAUGCUGACGCGUUGCUUCCGGGUUUGGGAAGCAGCUUCGUCUCUAUGAACACCGUGACCGCGGCUCUUAUAAGCUAUAUCUAAGCGUUCUACGCUGUUGAGUGUCCCAUGGCGUCGGGUCCCGCGCAACCCGCAGCCUUGAGCGCCGAGCAGGCUAAGGUGGUCCUGGCCGAGGUCAUCCAGGCGUUCGCGGCCCCGGAAAACGCGGUGCGCAUGGAAGAGGCCCGGGACAAUGCUUGCAACGACAUGGGCAAGAUGCUGCAGUUCGUGCUUCCCGUGGCUACGCAGAUCCAGCAGGAGGUCCUCAAAGCCUACGGAUUCAGCUGUGAUGGGGAAGGUGUCCUGAAGUUUGCCAGACUGGUGAAAUCCUAUGAGGCUCAAGAUCCUGAGAUUGCCAGCUUGUCUGGAAAGUUGAAGGCCCUGUUUCUGCCACCCAUGACUCUGCCCCCCCAUGGGCCAGGAUUAGGGGGCAGUGUGGCAGCCUCCUGAGGGAGUACCUGUGCCAUCAUGACUCUUGUGGAAGGGAGAUGUACCUAUCAUCCUGGAACUCUUGUACCACUGGUUGUCCCUGGAGGAUAAUAAAUACUACUAAUGCUUGGCCUCA